GAGGAGCAGCAGAGAAAGCGGGCCUUCAUGCAGGAGAUAAAAUCAUCAAAGUGAAUGGGGUUAAUGUGAUGAAUUCGACUCAUACCCAGGUUGUUGCUCUUAUAAAAUCGUCUUCCCAAGUGGUGUUGUCGGUUCAGCAGAGAUCGAACCCAAUAAGAAAUAUGGGAUCUCCAAGUGUCCACAAUAGACCAGUAACAACACCCACUUCGUCGAGAAUAACUGGACCUCAACCAGUUGAUAAUGAGAAACAGUAUCAACUCCAGCUAGAGAAAGAACAGUACUACAAAUUGAUGAUAGAGAAAGAGCAGCACUACGUCGAUCUUCUUCGAAGUCAAAUCGCAUCCUCGCCGGACGAGAAGAAGUGCAAGGAACUCGCCAAAACAGAAAAAAACCUCCAAACGUUGCAAGGAAUGUUACUGCGGACGCAAAGCGAGCAACAAUCACCGUCCACAGUUUCCUCUCCCUGUUUCUCGUCUCCCCCGUCUCCCCUGAAAUACAAUUCGACCUGUACUCCUUCUUCACCAAACGGAAACACCGAUGUGCCUCCUCCUUUACCGAAACGAAACAAUCACUCGACCAAUCGCCGUACGAUGAACACCAAAAGUGCCUUGCCGUACGUCAACGGGAAAGUGCCUCUGGACGUUAAUAAUUUCCUAAAUAACGAGAUUAACGCUAACCUAGCGGAGGCUUCGGCGUCUACUCCUCAGCGACACAAGCCGAAGCCUCCCUUGGGGUCGUUGGUGAUGGAUUCUCCCGAUCAGCCCCCUCCUUUACCGCCCAGAGCCUCCCAUUCGGCCCCCCUGCCGCUGCGAGUGGACCCGGACGCAGCCAACUCGAUUAAUAAACAAAUGGCCUACCCGUUAGUGGCCACGUGCGCUACGUUAGUUAACAACUGUGUAAGUAACCCCUCUCCGAAUCCAACUCAUCAUAGGACCAAAUCAAGCCCAGAAACUCUAAUGACUUUGGAGGGAAAUGGAAGCACCCGGAAACUUUCAGAAAGUAUGGAUGAUUUGAGCCGAAGGGAAGAAUGGGAAACUCCCCCUGGAACUCCUCCGCCACCCUACCCCAGCCCCAGGGCAUUGAGAAGAGAUGGAAUUUCGGUUAAUUAUGACGGUGAUAGUACAUUAGAAGAGCCAUUUGUAGAUUCUAUUGAUAACAGUUCUGUAUGUGGAGUUACUGGAGCUUCCCGUUUGGUGACCAACAAUUCCCCAAUACACGCAGCUACCCCCCAUACCACCCAGCAACCCAUCAUGAGCAUGGAGGAUGACGAAAUGUCUGACACAGAAUUUAGUCAAAUGGAAGAUCAUGGACAUUUCCAGUCUUUCUCCAAACUGAUGGAACAUCCCCCCCAUCUGGCAGUCUUCACGAAUUACAUAUUGUCGAAUUCCGAUCCAAACAGCUUGAUGUUUUAUCUUCUAACAGAUCUGUAUAAAGAAGGAAAUGCCAAAGAGAUGCGAAAGUGGGCAUUUGAAAUUCAUUCGUGCUUUUUGGUACCUGGAGCUCCACUCCGGCUAGGCAAUGUAGAUGAAAAUAUAGCCCGUGAAAUAGAUGAGGUCCUCACCAAGGAAUUCGACAAAGAAGAGAUCCUCCGUAAGGUCUUUUGGAAAGCUCGUCACAAAGCGAAGGAGGAGCUGACGAAUCAGCUGGCUGAUUUCCGACAGAAAAGAACUGCUGGGCUAGGCACCAUCUAUGGACCCACAGACCAAGCUCUGGCCGAACUUUACAGCGACAAAGCCAAAGAAAUGAAAUUGUACGAAUCGUUAUUCUUGGAAAAGUUGGAGCCGUAUCUGGAAGAAAUUGAAAAGGAUAGCUUCGAUGCAAGGCGUUACUAUACAGCUGCCGCUUUCACUACUGUGCUCACGAGGAUAUUUCAAAUCCGUCCGGUUAUGCAUGCUUUAGAUAGGUGUCCGACAUUUGUUAAUAAGGAAAAGUCGUUCAGGACGAAGUUUAUUGGGAGAUACUCCAGAAAGCUUAAUGUCCAAGGCCAUCAGUAUGUCGCACAACAAUACUACACUGUGAUAAUGUGCAAUAAUUGCCAUCAGAUUUUGUACGGUAUCGGUCCGCAGGGCUACCAAUGUUCCAUGUGCCUUAUUAAUUUACAUAGGCAGUGUGUCAGAAUAUUUGAGGAUAUUUGCCCUGGACCCAUUACGAAGAAGGAUAGGGGUAUAAUGAAGUUGAUUGGGAUGAGACAUGACAGCAACGAACAAAACCGGUUGAAGAAAAAUUCUCAGUUCCUGCAAAUGGAACGGGAAAGAAGGCAGGCAGAAGAAAAAGACAGCAGCUUCGAGCUCAAUGAGAGUG